AAUUCUGCCAAGGGCGUUAUAAAAGUUCCCCGAAAAUAACAAAUCAACAAGUGCCUUGACCAUCAUUCUUUUCCAUAAAAUAAUAAAAAUUUUAAUCCCGCCGUAAAAAUGUUUGCUUUAGUUGUUUAUUAACUUGGACUUUCGUUAUUGAGUACUUAUUAAGGUUCACUGUGCCAUCCAAACUUAUUGUCGUUUUUGCGAAGCACAUAACAAUGCACGCUGUUGUCGUUGUGACUGGAGGGAUUUUGACUUCCGUAUUCAUUGCUGCUCUCCUUGCGCUAUUGUUUAUAUGCAGAUAUAAACUAUGUUGCUUUAAUCUUGGUUCUAAAUUUAAGAAGAAGGAACAAAGCCCACAAGUGCAGCAGAAUGGAUUCCAUGUGAGUAGGUCUGAUAUUCAUCUAAUCAGUAGCCUAGAGAUGGAAGAUGAAGACUACAUCAUGGACAAUAUUGAUCCUGAAGAUUUAGUGAUUCACCCUGACUUGGACAAAGUUCUAGAAUCUCAUAGAUGGAAAUGGGUGGACGAUGCCCUUGGAAUUGUUCCUCAUUGCCUCCAGAUUUUAAAAGGCUGUCACUUGAUGAGUGAAAGGCUUGUGACUACAGCUAUGGCUUCUACAGAUCAACAGAGAUUUGUUGAAUUGGCAAUGGUUGCAAAAUCUGUCCUUCCAUUAGUUGACGAUGUCUUGCGUUCCAUGUGCCCACCCAUUCAACCACGCGAUGUCGAAAUCCGAGCCUUCGCCCUCUUGAAUGCUGUCAACCGCUUGAGCAAACUCACCGAGCGAACAUGCAAUGUGUCGUGGCCAUCAGCUAUUUUCGAAGAGAUGAAUAUGCAUUACCAGAAACUCAAAGCCAUUGCCCGGCGCUCUGAAACUCAAUUAUGGAACGAACGAAAUCUUUACAGGGAAGGUGUGACAAUAGUCGAAUCAUCCAUGACUUGAAACACGAAUAAUAAUCUCGAAAAUCUUCGUAAUCUCCGUCCAAAAUAUCACAACGUAUCUUAACAAAAUUAGCCUCACUAACCUAAAUGCACAAUGUUCGUGACAGUGGACUCAUUAUAACGUCUGACCAAGUAAUGUACCUUUAUUAAUGGCUCUAACGAUUCAACUAUCCUUUUUGUAUUUUUCUUUUUUAAAUGUAACCACUCGUUAUCAAUCAAAGUUCGUUCCAAACUA